AUGGCCACGGCGACGUCUUCCCAGUGUCCCGAUCAGCCCCCGGCCCACGACCCGUCAUCACUGUUACACGCGACCGAUGUCGUACCACCAACGGCACCCGACGAGCAACGCCCACCCUCCCAGGCCGACGGCCAGCUCCCGCCAAAUCCCACAGAAGAAGCCGCCAUGGCCCUGCGCAAGCUGCUCAAAGGCAAAGAGGAGGAAUGGAGUGCCGUCUCGAGGCGCACCGGUCGAUUGACCCUGCUCGAGCUGCCCUUUGACAUCUUGCGGCUGAUUGUCAACGAGAUCACACAUACAAACGAUCUGACCUCCCUCGCCUUGACGAAUUCGACCCUCCACAAUCUCGCCGUUCCACACAUCUACUCUCGCUUCGAUAUCGUGUGGCCUGACGCCACCCAGCUUGCCCAAUCUGAUUCCAAAAGCGUUGAUGCCCUCACCUAUGGCUUGUCAACCCUCUGUCUGGGCAGCAACUUUGCCGUGCGCGCCCAGAAGAUGUUCUCGCCGAACCGCAGCGGCGGACUGCCUCCCAUGGCACGCCUGCACAACGACUACGCUCGAUACAUCAAAAAGUUCUCCUUGGGCAAUGGCCCCGACGACUGGGUCGCCGAGUACAUGAUUACCAAGGAGAGCGGCAAGAUGCUGGGAACCCUCGUCGCCCUGGCCGUCGCCAAGAUGGCAAGCCUCGAGACCUUUGUCUGGGACAUGCCCACCGGCGUCCUCUCCGACAUCUUCAUGGCCUUGGCCUCCAUCCAGGAUCGCGAUCCGAAUGAGCAGUCCAAACUCGAGCGCGUCUGGGUGCGCUGGCACGACAACGCCGAUGCCUCGGCCGCCUCGUCCUCGACCAGCCCCAGCUCGUCCAUAGAGACACAGGGCGUCGUGCCCAUCGGCAGUACCUUGACGCCUAUCGGCAUUCUCAUUCCGUCGACGGCAUCACAUCCUCGGCCCAGGGCGCCUAUCCCUUUCGCCGAAAGCCGUGUCGAGUUUCCGACGUUCAGUGUCCUGCCGCCGUUGAAGAGUCUGUCUGUCCUCGACAUUGAUGAGCUCUCCUAUCUCGACGAGCUCGCUGUUGCCAUCGGUAACUCGCACGAGAAUCUGGAGGAGCUGCGCGUGGGCAUCUCCGCCAAGGCGGCACACUCCGACUUUGUCCAGACAUGGGAUGGGCCGGGCUUGCACCAGGUCGACCACAAUGCGCGCUGGCCUGGCGAGAGCACAAUCGGCGAUCGCAGGUUGGGCGGUGUCCUGGGGGUGCUGGUAGGCAAGAUCUACGACAUUCGCAGAAAGUCUGCAUCCAAAUCCAGGGCCAAAAGCGCCCUCGCACCGGCCAGUGUCGAAGCUGUUGCGCCCGUGCCCGACGCUGCUACAGUCGUUGGCGAUGAUGCCGCGCCCACUGGCCAUCACCAAGAUGUCGCUGUCCAGGGUGGUGACGAACCGAGCCCCGUGUCCGCCGCCGACGAAGCAGCGGACAUGAACCUUUCGAGCCCUUCGACUGUUGACCACGUUCCUGGAACAGCCUCGACGACGGAGCAUGGACCCCGGACCUCUACAGCACCGCAUCGUGAGCAGCUACAACGGUCGAAUGACGACCAGACAAUACGAAAACGACUCGACGGCAAGCUGAAGCUCAAAACACUGGAAUUGGAGCGCGUGCCCCUAUCGAUCCAGGUCUGUACAAAGGCAAUCGACUGGACUGUCCUCACGAGCUUGACCAUUUUGGAGUGCGCUCAACACGAGACCCUGUGGAAGGUCCUCCGCAAGCAAUUCCAACCGACGCCUCCAGUGACGUCAGGUCACGAAAAUGGCAGCUCUCCCAAGCCCUCGCCGGUGACUCGAGUACAAUACCAUCUCAACGUAAAAAAGAUCCACACGGACAUGGCAUCACUGCCUCUCAUCAACUUUAUCAAAGAUACCCUGGAACCGAACAGUCUUGAAGUAUUUUUCCUCCAAGACAGGCGGCGGUCUGUACCUCCGGCUGUGACCAUCUCGCAAAUCUUCAAGGGCGCCAUCAAACGCCACCGCUCUAGUCUUCGCAAGGUCCUCCUCGACAGCUCUGAAUACAAGGCCCCCCACGGCAACCUGCCUGAGAGUUUCCGAUGGCUCAACUGGACCGCCACCACAGAGAUGCUCCUUUACAUGACGAGCGGACGCAUGGUCAGCCUGAGAGAGCUGUCCAUGUCUCUGCAGUAUCGCGACUGGCACACGCUCCUCCAACGCCUCAUCGGUCUGCCCCAGUUGCGCUCCCUGCACAUUCCAAAAAUAGCAGACCACGCAGCGGGCAACUACGACCCCCGGGAGCUCGCCCUGCAGAUCGUGGACAUCAUCUCGCUGCGCCCAGAGAUCCAGCUCUGCUACGUUGGCAUUGGCAAGAAGUGCUUUGAGAUUCUCGAGAAUAAACCCCUCGAUUCGUCCACGCACGGCGUCGCCACCACGGACCCCACGGCUGAAGCAGGCGCGCCUGGUAGCGGCCACGUCGUCCCAGGCCAGCACGGUUCAGGUGGCGACGAGGCCGCCGACGACGACGAAGAGGACGCGAGCGACGAUGACGAGGAUGCGAGCCAGGUCGACACAUCAGAAGACGAGAACGAGGAUGGGCCUGGCGGUGGUGGUGCAGGCAACGCCAACGACGCAGCGAGCGCGGUUGAUGUUGAUGACUCGCAGUCCGAGGCGUCGCUUGGCUCCAGCGACUCCGACGCAGACUCGUUCCGUGAGGCGGACCACGUCGGGGCCAGGCCGCGCCUGCGCCUGCGUGAAAUCCUAUUCUACGACGACAAGGUUGCCAUCUUCAAAGCGCGCCACGGACGACUAUAA